AAAAAUUAUAAAUAAAAUAGUGAAUGUGAUAAAAAAAAAUUAUGAAAAAUCAGUGAAUGCGUUAUGAAUUAUCGAUUGUGAUAAUAGCAAAGUAAACAUUAAAAAAAAAUUCCGAUUUAUAAAGCUCUCUCAUCUCUUAUUUUACUAUUAUUACUACUGUUUACAAAUUGAUUGAUACAAGAACAAGAACAAGAAUAAAAAAAAACAAGAACAAUAAACAAUACGUUCAGAAUCGAACAACGGGAACGAGUACAUCAUCAUCAAGAAUAAAAUAGCAUUCAUCCACAUCAUUCAGCAAGCGCGGCAAAGUAAAGAAAAAAGUUAAAAAAAAUAAAAACUCGAACAUUAUAAACGAGGCGUAUUUUUUAACGCUCAACCAUUUCAAUUGAGGGGUUGGGGGUGUAAGUGUGUGUAUGUGUGUAUAUAUAUGUGUGGUUGAAGACGUCGAAAACGCUCGAGUAAAACAUAUAUUAAUGUACGUACAAUUCAUCGCGCGUAUCAUUCUUGCUUGGUACGUUCAACGUGUUAUAUAAUAAACAAUACCAUCAUAUUACAAGCUAGAAGAUUUAUCACACAUCGAAAUAUCCGUUAUUGUGACGCCGAAUAACUCUAUCACAGUGUCUUGCAUAUAUUGGGUGAUUUAAAAAUAAACGAUUGUUUCGAACGCGCGAUAUCUUCUUCGGUUCUCGGUUCUUUGAAUUAAUUGUACUUCAUCAUAUAACAAGUUUAAUAUCCAUCAAGUACCAUGCAUUUAAUGGUCAAUUUUUUUUGCAUUUUGUUGCAAUGUUUUUUGGUUACAACUGCACAUCCGUUGUUUGAUAAUUUGCAGACAAUGGGAUUAUCAUCGUCACCGUCACAUCAUCAUAGUGGUGUAAUUGAUAUUGGUAGUAAUGAUGAUUCAAUUCAACAUCAGCAUUCAUCAGUAAUUGGUUCAAUGUUUGAUCCGACUGGCUUACAUUUGUCAAAUAGUAUGCGUGAUAAACGACGUGAACAACAUAUUAUUAGUGAAUGUAUGGAGGUGAAAUCGAUGGAAGGAGAAUAUUUUUAUAAAGCUGGACCUGAUUGGGAACAGGGACAAGCAUGUGGAUUAUUUUUAUUUACUGAACCAGAUAAACGUAUUGAAGCACAUUUUACUUAUUUUGAUGUGCCGUGUCAAAAAGGUGGACUCGUUUCGUAUGUUGAUGGUUGGGAAUUAAAUGGUGAAUUCUUCCCAAGUAUUGGUGAUCAUCCAAAAUCAUUAGACGAUCGAUUUGCUGAAUUUUGUGGUCAACGUAAAAUUAAACAAGUUUUUGUUAGUUCACAAAAUGCAGCAUUGUUUCAAUAUCGAAUGCCUAGCAGAGGACGUGGAUUUAGUAUUAAUGUACGGUUUAUAAAGAAUCCAGCACCAUGUAACAUCUUAAUGCAAGGUAGUGAUGAAUUAUAUACAUUACGUAACUAUAAUAAACGUGUAAAUUGUAGUUUAACCGCAAUAUAUCCAGCUGCUGUACGUACCAUUGCAUUAAGUGUUGGAUUAGCAAGUAUUGGUGGCAAUGGGGUUGUUGGUAAUGGAAAUGGUAUUGGUGAUAGGAAUAUGGAAAUUGAAACUGGUACAUUACAUAAGUGCAAUAAAAGAGGUUUAGAAGACUUUGUACAAAUUGGUGGAUCCGACGGAUUGGAAAAUUCAAAUUUACAAAUUGUUGAUAAUAUAUGUGGAUUGAAUUCAAAACCAGAUAACAUGCAACAUACGAUAUUUUGUGGAGUGACGACUAUACGAUUAGUGAGUAGCGGCUUAUUUGAUAAUUCUGUGACAGUAGCAGUACGAAAAGCAACUGAAGAUGAUAUUUUGGAAGCAACUCAUAUUUGUGGACUCUAAAUUUUCAGUGUCUACAAUAUAAAUAUUAUUAUAUGAAAAAUU